AGACUGCCUGCACCGUCCUGCCUGCACCGUCCUGCCUGCACCGUCCUGCCCUGCCUGCACCGUCCUGCCCUGCUUGCACUGUCCUGCCUGCACUGUGCUGCCUGCACCAUCCUGCCUGCACUGUCCUGUCCUGCCUGCACUGUCCUGCCCCCCCUGCCCUGCAUCCAGCGUGUGAGUCCAGGACUCCCCACCCUGCUGCCCCCCAGGAGCUGCCCCACGGCUGGCCCCACCGGGGCCACACACCCGCGUCCGUCCCCCCCCGCCUCCCCCUGCCUGCGGCUCAGCACCCCCUGCCUGGCCCCUGCCUGUGAGCCCGGGGAGCUCCUGGGCCAGGGCCAGCCACCCCCCCAGAGUGCCUGGCUGUGGGCCACAGCGCUGGGAGCCCUGGUGCUGAUGGCUGCUGGCCACGCCAGCGCGGCUGCGGAUCUCAUCAUGGAGGCCGCCCCCGAGGGGCACCGUGGGGGCCAGGGCUGGCCCUGCCGUGCAGGCAGAAAGUGUCCGGCAGCGGCAUGGCAGGGACGGCGCUGCCCCUCUGCCUGCUCCUCGCUGCUGCCCUGCGGGGUGGCCUGACCCAGGCUCCGGGGCCCAUGGCCCGCCCUGGCCCCCCGCUCUUGCGACUGCGGCGGCUGGAGGAGCAGUUUCGCCGGCUCCAGGAGGUGACGCUGAGCCAUCUCCAGAGCAUCGCCGAGAACUACAACGUCUCCUACAACAUCGAUGGGCGCUUCCGGGCGCUGGCAGAGCAGGCAGAGGUGGCUGCUGCUGCCCGGGCUGCCCUGGGCGCUGAGCUGGCCCGCCUGGCCACCACUGGCCGGCGGCUGCACCGCAGGCUGAAGCGGCUGGAGGGGACAGUGGGUGCCCUGAGCCUGCUGCGCUGCCCGCUCACCCACCCACUGGGUGCACCGGUAGAGGCUGGCACUGAGCUGCACGGCCCGCCGGACGCUGCCUGGAGCUGGGGUAGCCAGCUGAAGCAGGAGCCACGGGGCCAGGCGGCCCUCAGCAGCCCCAGCCCUCGGCACCCAAAGGCGAGGCGACGGCAGCGGCAAGAUGGGCACCGGCUGCCGGCCGAUGCCAGGUCCGGUAAAGCGCCUGGGGAGGAUGUGGACCCCCCUCGUGACACAGCACCAGGAGCCCAAGCCAUGGCACCGGUGCUCCCCACCGUGACCGUGGUCCCCCUGGAGCAGCCGCCAGCCCCCCAGCCACCAGGAGAGGGUAGGUACGGGGCCCCCGCCCCAGCGCCCACCUCCCCAGCCUGCCGCACCGGCGUCAUCCUGCUCUUCCCCAACACCUCUGCCAAGCACGUGGCCGUCCUGGGGCCGGGGCCGCGCUGGGGGCUGCGGGCGCUGUCGGUCUGUGCCUGGCUGUCCACCCCAGCCCCCCGCCUUGGUGCCCUCCUCUCCUACACCACCGAGGACGGCGGCAGCAAGCUGGCCGUGCAUGGCCGCAGUGGGGACCUCCCCGGCUCCGCGCGCUUUGUCAUUGGGGAUGGGGAGUUUCGGGAGCUCCCGGUGACGUGGCUCCUGGAUGGUGAGUGGCACCACCUCUGCCUCACCUGGUCCUCUGGCCAGGGCCAGUACCGAUUCUACGUGGACAGGCGGCUGCUGGCUGCCGGCUCCGGCUUCUGGCAGGGCUAUGAAAUUCCUGCUGGUGGCUCACUGGUGUUGGGCCGGGAGCAGGACCACCAUGGCAGGGGUUUUGGCACCACGGAAGCCUUCGUGGGUCACCUGGCUGGCUUGGCCCUCUGGAGCCGGGCUCUCCUGCCCGGGGAGGUGGCCAGCAUGGCAACCGGCCGGCGGCUGCCCCGCAGCCCCCUCCUCACACUGGCUGAUGCCUCCCUGCAGGGUGGGGUGCGGAGGGUGGCAUGCCCCUGUCUCCAGCACUGCCUGUGAUGAGCCCGGCAGCAGGAACGGUGCUGGCUCCCAGCAGUCAGGGUUGGCUCGCAGUGCUCGGCCGGCACGAGCUGUGUCCUCCCGCAGUGAUGGGACACCAGGCAGAGGGGGUGUCUCAGGACUGGGACCACUGAACGUCGGGAAAAGGGAAAAAAAAGGGGUUUCGACAGGCAGGGGACAGUGGAAGCGGGACCCAGUCCUGGGGCCUGUCCCAAAGCCGGGAGGUUGUCAACUCCUGCCCCAGAGGAUGUACAGCCCCGUCGUUCCUAUUAAAAUGCUCCGGGCAGAGAAGAAA